GUUUGCAUCGCGCUCGGUAGCAGUAGCCACCGCGACCGCCGCAGCGAACGAGACACCGAGACCAGACGUCAGAGCGACGGCACCAGCGGCACGGGCUGUGGAAGCAAGCAGAAUGAGAAUCAGCUGCUGAUGAAUUAUUCAAUAGAAGAGACGGCGCGUACCGCUCGCAGAGGCAGCGGAGGAAGCCGCGUGGGAGGCAGAGGCGCUGGCGGAGCCGGUGAGGGCGAACGAG